GUUGCAUAUGCCGAACAGUAUCACCCAGUCGAGAUCAUUCCAACGUCCUGGCUUGCUGCCGCAGUGGCGAUCGUACCAAUCACGGCCCAUACUGGGCCUGGAUUGCGCCGAAACCUCUGGGUUGUUCACUCGUUCGAUCGCGUGAGUUUACCUUAUACCCCGCAUACACCGGCUUAA